CUUCACCCCCCCUUAGCGUCAUGCAUCUAUCAGGGGAAGUGUGAGAGUCCCCGAUGAAGCUUCCAUGGAAUUUAUCAACCCGAAAGAAAAUGGGCUGAGGCUAGAACAGCCGCUUGAAUUGAUAUCGCCGGCUUAUACGAUCAGCAGUAUUAGAACAUUAUAUAGACCACUAAUGCCUCCAAGUGCUCUGCCUCUUUCUCGUAUGCUCCUCUGACAGUACAGACUCAGAGAACACGAUGAGGCCCUCUUUUGCCCUCUUUGCCUCUCUGCUCGGGCUCGCCUCGGCUGUAACAGAGAGCUACAAUGGCCAGUAUGCCGACAGCUGCCCCAGUCUGUGUGCUGAUGCGGGCCCUACAACGGCUAACUGGACCAACAUCCACCAUCUCCGCAAUCUUGAGAGCUGUGAUCAAACUGUCCUCUUUGGUUUGAAUAUUCACAAUUCUGUCGCCGAUCCAAACACCAUUCUCACUAUCCACGCCUGUGUCGCUAGCCAAGGUCAGACAUACGAGGCUGCUACCUCCCCCGAUGUGCCUCAGCAGGAAAGUCAACACAAUCUAGUUGUCGCUGAAAGUUGCGGCGCUAAGGCAGUGAAGACAGUUUUCACUUCCCAGGUUGGCCCUUUGACGCUUAGCAAGGCGUCCGGCGCUGCUCCACGAUCUGCUGAUGUAACCGAGGCUACUCGUCAACUUACCCAGUUCGUGGACAAGAGCGCCGAGUGCGGUGCCACCAUCUUGUUUGCCAAACACAGGUCUGCUGUCGUGGGAUUGUAUUCUGGUGCACAAAUCACCAAGCAUGCCGCGCGAGGUUUCCUUGACUCUUUUGCGGAAACGGAAACUUCGGCCCUGCAGAUCUGCCAGCCUGCCGGCGCGGCCACGACUAUUGGAGUGGUUUCUACUGACUUUGUUGAUCUAGCAGUGGCUCAAGAUGCUAUCAAGGACUGGAACGAUGGCCUCUGUCUUGAUGGGACCAUUCCCGCUGGUGCUGUCAGCAUGGACGUGCUCGUGUCUACCGUGGAUAAGAGCUUCAAUGCUGUUACUAAUACUACUACCAUCUCCCACGGCAACAUAACAGCCAGAGGGCAGCCACGAGCCCUUCUUCCAAGGGGGGAGUGCCGAACAGAGGAGGUCCAUGGGGGUGACAGCUGCGCCUCGCUGGCCAGCCGCUGUGGCAUCUCUGGAACCGACCUGUCUAAAUACAACCCACAAAAGAACUUAUGCUCAACCCUAAAGCCCAAGCAACACGUUUGCUGCACCUCAGGGGAUUUGCCAGACUUUCGCCCUCAGCCGCAGCCCGAUGGCACGUGCAACACAUAUAAGGUCAAUGAUAACGAUGGAUGCUCUGACCUAGCUGAUGCACAUUAUAUACAACAACAAGACAUUGAAGACUUCAACAAAAAGACUUGGGGCUGGGCUGGCUGUACCCACCUGCAGAGUGGCCAACUCAUCUGUCUCAGCAAGGGAACGCCUCCUAUGCCCUCGCCGGUCCAGGGAGCCACCUGCGGUCCACAGGUACCCGGCACCGAAAAGCCUUCUAACGGAACGGAGCUCGCUGAUCUUAAUCCAUGUCCACUUAAUGCAUGUUGUGAUGCCUGGGGCUUUUGUGGAACAACGGCCGACUUUUGUACCCAGUCACCUGCGGAUACUGGAGCUCCUGGCACCGCAAAACCCGGAACCAACGGAUGCAUUUCCAACUGCGGGAUGGAUAUUGUUAACAACGAUAAGGCGCCCGAUCAGCUAAAGACCAUCGCCUAUUUCGAGGCGUUUGACCAGAUGAGAGCGUGUCUGCGAAUGAGUGUCACCGAGAUCCCGGUCAACAAGUACUCACACAUCCACUUUGCAUUUGCCACAGUCACGUCCAGCUUCGAUGUGGACAUCUCAGACACCGAGUAUGAAUUCAGUAGAUUCGUGAAGAUAAGCGGGUUUAAAAAGAUUCUGUCUUUCGGCGGAUGGGCAUUUUCCACUGAUGCAGACACAUUUCAGCGCUUCCGGGAUGCCACCAAGAAAGAGUAUCGCGACACAUUUGUCAAUAACCUGAUAAACUUCAUGAGCAGGCAGAACCUGGAUGGAUUUGACUUUGAUUGGGAGUACCCUGGUGCACCUGAUAUUCCCGACAUCCCACCCGGAAGCCCAGAAGACACAGACAAUUACCUUGCUUUCCUGCAGCUCCUCCGAAGCAAGCUACCCAGCGAGAAAUCCAUUUCCCUUGCUAUACCGUCUUCCUACUGGUACCUCAAACAAUACCCGAUCAAGGAGAUUGCAAAAUAUGUGGAUUACUUUAUUUACAUGACGUAUGAUUUGCACGGCCAAUGGGAUGUUGACAGCAAGUCGGCCAUGCCUGGCUGCGAUGCUGGAAACUGUCUUCGAUCACACGUCAACAAGACCGAAACGCAUAAUUCUAUGGUCAUGAUCACCAAAGCUGGUGUGGAAGCCCGACAAGUUGUCAUUGGCGUUACCAGCUAUGCCAGAAGUUUUCGCAUGACUGAUGAGUCCUGCUCCGGUCCCUUGUGCACCUAUGCUGGAGCGAAGUAUCAGUCCGCGGCCUAUGCCGCGCCCUGCACAACAACUGGUGGCUACAUCUCUAACGCUGAGCUCAACGAUAUAAUCAAAGACCAUGGCAAUUACUCCAUCGUCAAGUCGUACGUUGACAAGGACUCUGACUCCAAUAUUCUGAUGUAUGGCAAUCCUGGGGCCGUGGACUGGGCGGCCUACAUGGACGGCGAUCUCAAGGACAACCGAAUCAAUUGGAUCAAGGGCCUCAACUUUGGGGGUUCGUCUGACUGGGCCAUUGAUCUCCAAGAUUACUCCAACAACGAAAAUGGCGAUGACAGUGAGGAUGACGACGGGGCCGACGAUGAAUCUGGCGACGACGACCUCAACUGUCCCUCUGAGGAUAACCCUGGAACCCUGGAAGGUCUCGCAGAUAAGGCCGAUUCUCUAGACCCAGGGUGUGUCCACCUCUUUGCAAUGGAUAUUUUAUAUUCCCAGCUCCUCGACAGUUUAUCUUUGUUCCAAACCAACUCGGAAGGCUACGACGAUAAGUUCGGCUGGUACGAGAAGUGGACCAAGGAGCAGAUCCAGCCACGUAUCGAUAGCUUUAUGAAGUUCGGCGAGGGCAAAGGACUCAAGUACUUUGACUGCUACUGGGCAUAUACUGGCGACAAGGAAACAAAAGAUUCUUGCCUUGCAAUGCCGCACAUCUGGGACGUGAGCGCAGGAUGGAGCAUCCGCUACGAACUCGUCGACAAGACGGGCUUCUUUGACGCCCUCGCGGCCGAGACGGGCAUCGACGAGUCGUGGGUGACAUUUGGCGAUCUGACUUCAGAUUAUAUAUGUGCGGAUCCUGGCGAUAAACAUCCAGGCACCGGCGGCUUGCCCUGCCGGAAGCUCUUCCGCAAAAGGUUUAAUUACCCUCAGAAGGCCUCCAAUGACAAUAUCCACGUCGGCAAUCCUAAGAAGCUCAUUGAGGCAUCUAUGGGCAAUGUCACGGCUCUGAGAACCUCGCUUUUCUCCUCGUACCUCAGCGUGGGCCUCUCCUUCUACGACGACGGGCCAAAUGAUACCUCAGCCACCGACGCAUUAGUCGCCUACUCCAUGCCCGUAUUGCAACUCGCAGAAGCCAUCAAUAGCAUGAAGGACAUUAAAGAAAUCGGAGAAGAUGCCGAGGCGCAAGCAAAGAAGGACCUCAUCUUCAAGAUCCUCACAAUCGUCUUCAUGGUCAUCCCUUUCGUCGGAGAGGCCCUCGGCCCUCUGAUUGGCAGCACCGCAUCAGUGGCUCGUAUUGCGCUUCUCAUCGGCGAAGCGGGCAAUGGGGCGCUAACAGUGGCGGAAAUCAUUGAGGAUCCGACGUCUGCACCGUUUGCGGUGCUGGGUUUGAUUGCAGGUGCUGGCGGCGGGUCGGGCAAGCUGUCCAAGGCGGAGGCGAUGGUGGAGGCUUCCAAGGCAAGAGGUCUGAUGAAAGCUAGCGAUUUGGCCAAGUUUCCACAGAGGUUUAGGGAUCAGGAUGCUUUGGUGCAAAAGGUCGUAAAGAGUUUGUGUGCGAGGAGCUAGGUGGGACAUAGUAGGGCAAUGCACUAGGCCUCGUAAUUCGACGGUUUUAGAACUCUCUUCACUUUGUUAUAAACCAGUACGU